UGUGUUAUUCGAGUAUUUCAAAGUUCUGCAGCUUGAGCAAAUUUUCCAAAGCCAUUGAUGCAAUAAUUUUGGACAUUUUCCUCUACCUUUAAGUUUAAUAUCUCCGAUUGGAAGUUGUAUUUUUUUAAUCCCGUCUAAUCACCGCAAAGUAUUCGAUUUCACCUGACAGUUUUCGUGCCGUAGAGGUAAAUUGUGGAUUUUAUAUUGUUCUGUUUUUCCGGGUCAAUAUUCAAAGAGGAAAACUCCUUGCGCGAAUGAUUGAUUGAAACAUACUCCCCCCCCCCCCACCCAAGCAAUGAUGACAUAGAGCAAUGACGAUAGAUAAGAGAUUCAAGGCGUUUUUGAAACAUUCUGACUUCGUAAUUGUGAAUCUCAUGAGUCGAGAUCCUCUGUGAUUUGAUUUUUGCAAUAUGACACAAUUGAAAAAAAAAACAAAUGUCACUAUAUAAUUUAGUAUUAUCGUGGUUAGUGGCAAAAAAAUCUUAGAUACUCCACAAACUCAGGUGUCGCAUUGUUCGAAAACACGCGACAGCGCUGCGGUUAAGAAUUAUAAUAAUUAACUAUGCUAAAUAGUGAGUGCUUCGUCUCUUUUCAAAAAUUAUAACUGCAUGCUUUUACCGAUUGAGUCCAUGUAACAGAGAUCGUUUGACAUUCUGAUUUUGCGUAUGACAAUAAAUAUAAUAUUACUACAGUUUCAACUAUAGUUGUGAAUAAACAAGGUAUAACCAAUAGUGAGCCCGAUAAUUUCCCUAAAAGAAUCACGGUAGUGGAGUGUGCAUUUUCUUCAUACUUCCUUUUUUGUUUAGUUCCUUAGACCUGUGAAACUUCUUAAAGCAGAGUUUAAGUAUUUAAACAUUAAGUAUGAUAACUUCUAUACCAUAUCGUUAGUAGUGUACCACUCAGAGGAGCAGAAUUUCUUUGGCCAUGAACAUAUUUUUGAAACACCGGCUGGAUCUAUCACCGUGCGUAAGACUCUAUCUGUCUUUAUUUUCAGCAUCCAUCGGGCUUUUCAUCAGCGGGACAUGCGUGGGUUGGACCCCGUCAGGGACGAAAGUCCUGCGCUUGCCCAACGAACACGUGGAAGCCCCACUGGUCGAUGAAGAGCUGGCCCUGCUCGUGUCCCUGCUAGAUGUGGGCAUCGUCCUGGGUCCCUACCCAACCGCCUUCCUCAUGGACCGCUGGGGCCGACGCACCCUAAUCAUCAUGGCCGCUCCAUUGGCCUUAUUCGGCUGGAUCCUCAUAUACUUCGCCUCCUCCGUGUCACAGAUCAUCAUCGCCAGGCUUAUACAAGGUCUGUGUAACGGCUUGCUCUACUUGGUGGUGCCUGUGUUCGCGUGUGAGCUGGCCCCAGCAGAGGCUCGCGGUCUGGCGUGCACAGUAACAUCGGGCGCGCACUCUGCCGGCAUCAUGUUCAGUUUCGUGGUUGGCAAUGCGUGUAGCCUGCGGACCCUGAAUCUGGCCUGCACUUUCGCACCGAUUCUGUUCCUCUUCGUCGUGCUGGGCCUCCCUGAAACCCCGUAUUACCAUCUGAUGAAAGGCGACGAAACUAAAGCACGCGGCACUUGUGCUCGCUUCGACGAACGCUUCAGCGAAGCCCGCUUCAAGCACAUGGCGUCCUGCGUCCAAGUUGAGAUGCGACGUAGUGUACUCAGGGAUGUUCUGGUGAACCCAGCGCACCCGUUCAUCACGGUGAUGGUCCUGGGCAUCGCGAUGCGCUUCGCCUUCUUCUGGAACACACCCUCGCACGCGGCCUUCAUCUUCCGUUUCGGCGACUCCAACUUCUCCACCGGCGAGUACUCCGCGGCGAUGUCCCUCCUCUUCCUGUUGGCAGUCGUCUGCUCCGGUUGCGUCGUCCGCGAGAUCGGGCGUCGCAAAACCGCCAUCAUCGCGGAGAGCGCCACCGUCGUCCUCGUCUUUCCUGCUGCCUUCCUCUUCUACCGCCAGGACAAAGAGGGGCUCGACAACGUCGGGUGCGGUGCCUGUAUUUUGGUCUUAGUCAGCCUCCAUGUGUUCUUCGCUAACUUCGGUAUCGCGCCGAUGCCUAUCGUUCAACAGGUGGAGUUUUUCCCGACCAACUGUCGUGCGCUUGCAGGUGCUCUGCUGAUCACCGUGUCAUUCAUUUCGGGAUGGAUUGCUGACCUUUUGUUCGGGACAAUCGUCGAAAAUGUCGGCUUAUACUGCAACUACAUCAUAAGCGGCUCGGUUGCCACUUUUAUCUUCCUGGUGACAUGGUUGAUUGUACCUGAGGUUAAGGGCGUGUCUCUACACGACAUUCAGUUGGACGUAAAGUUUCCUUCGGGCGACAAACAGAAGAUGGAUGUCGAGUUUGGGCCGGAGAAAAAAUUUUACAGCGUUGAUCAAAAUUUUAGGCGGAGAAUAAGUUCCGUUGCCCUUGGUGGACAAAAGUACUAGGUUUUGAUUUUCAAAAAAGUGAGGAGGAAAGGGAAUCGUUGCUCUUGCGAUUAGCUUAUUCUGCCGUGCUAAGGAAAAACGUCGUAUGAACAUUCGAGAGUUGCCAAAUUUCCUUCACUAAAAUGUUUAU